CACAAAUUUGAAUCUCAUAAUAUAGCCGUUAAAUCCUAUCGUGUCUAAUGAAUGACUCCAUUCAUACAAACAAACCGUCAUUUCAAAAUCAAAACCCUAAGUUUCGUCCCUUGCAGUUCUGCUGGCGAGUUCAGAGUAGAGACGAUGGUGAUGGAUGAGGAAUCAAAGAAGAACCCAAAUGACUCAAAAUCUGUAAACACGAACCCUAUGUUUAGCCCAGGCUUCAGAUCCGUGGCAGAGAUGGCUGGCUGGGACGAAGAGGCGCUUCUGAAUGCAGUGGUGCAAGACACUCCCGACCGAAUUCUCGAACACCUGAAACGCUCCGGAAUCCUUAAUUUGACCACUCCGCCUACAAAUUCAAGAAGGAAAAGGCUGGCUCAGAUGAGGAGUCCAAUAUCUGCAACUGUUCUUAAUCUCGAUGAAGCAGAAUGCGAGAAAGUGGAGACCGAGUCGGAGUGUGGGCGCGGCAAAAAUGAAGUUAAUGAGGCAGAGGCCAAGGACUCUAGUGACCACCCUGCCCACCCAUCAUUAUCUUUGCCCGUUAGUAGUUUAACAGAGGCUUCUGCAGCAAUCCCUUGCAUGGAGAAACUUCGUGAAGAACUUUCAUGUGCUAUCUGUUUAGAGAUUUGUUAUGAACCAAGUACCACUCCUUGUGGACACAGUUUUUGUAAAAAGUGUUUGCGAUCUGCUGCUGAAAAAUGUGGGAAGAAAUGCCCUAAGUGCAGGCACCAGCUUCUUAGCAAUUCAAGAGGUUGCACUGUGAAUACUGUUCUCUGGAAUACAAUUAAGUUGUUAUUUCCACAAGAAGUGGAAGCAAGGAAGGCUGCUGCCCUUGAAGGCAUUAGAAGAGUUUCUGGGAAACAAACUCCAGUCAUGGACAUGAUAAAUAGUCCGCCGGAUCCUGAGCAGCAGCAACUAGGAGGAAGCCUGGAAAGAAUAAAUUCCCAUGGUGCACGAAGAAGGAAUGCAAGGCCUUCUGGCGAUUUUGUGAGGAUUUUAAGGUCAAGAAGGGAGCUGCCAAGCCAGGAUGAGGAUGCUGCAAUGGCAUUGAGAUUGCAAAGAGAAGAGUUCAUGGGGGCUUUCUGCAGGGAUUCUCAGGUAGUGCAAGCAUCGAAUUCAAAUGGUUCUGAAGAACGGCACAGGAACUCUAUUGCAGUAGUUAGAGCUAAUCUGAGAGCAAUGGCUUCCAGAGCAGUUAGUAUUCGUUCUGCAAGUCGACGAUGGACAUAAAUUGUUCAUAUUUAGUAUUUCGUACAAGAAGCACAAGCCAACAUUUUCUUGUAUGACAACUCGCUAGUGAGUAAUAACAAGGUCAACUUUUGUUUACAGAAUGCAUACAUGUUUCACUGUUCCAGGUUUACAAACCUUUUGUGAAUGGAACUUAUGUGUUAACAGUCAAUCCUCGCAUUGAUGGUGACUUCAUUCUGUAUUGGAUUGUUUUAUUUUAGCGGUCAUUAUUAUCUUGGACCUUCCUAUGGUUUUCGGACUUGAUGGAACCUUUGCGAACAUUUUGUUUAAGAAUUUGAUUUUGUGAGGAUUGUAAGGUCAAGAAGGGAGCUUACAAGCCAGGAUGAGGAUGCGGAAAUGCCAUUGAGAUUGUCAUCAUGUUCAUUGAGAAUAUUUUGUUUAAGAAUCUGUGUGAUUCAAAGGGUUGCAGAAUUGUUGACUUCAUUAUGGUGCUAAGCUCCAGCAGUUUUCAAAGCGGCCAUAGCUUAUUAUUAGGCUCCAUCAUUGGUUUUUGGCCUUGAUUGAUCUCGUUUCCAUUGCUGUUCUCCCUUCAUACAUACACACGUGACACGCCAUAUAUAUGUAAUAACUAAUAAUAAUAUACUCUGUGUUACUACUAUUCUACUAACAAAGUAAAAAAAAUCAGUAGAGAAGUAGCAGGGCAUUAGAGGUUCUUCAUACGAGCUUAUUGUCGAGUUUGAAUAGUUCUGACAAUCGCC